UCUGUGCUCCCUCCAGCUCCUGGCCCCGCCCCUCCGUGCACGCAGCCCUCCACCUUCUCGCCACACUGCGCGGCUGUCAGCGAGGCGAGAGGCCAGGCGUUCCCCCACGUCGGUCAAACAUGGCUACAGUGGUGACCUCGACCCGCUUCACGGAUGAAUACCAGCUCUACGAGGAACUCGGAAAGGGUGCUUUCUCCGUGGUGAGGCGAUGCGUCAAGAAGUCCACCGGCCAGGAGUACGCUGCGAAAAUCAUCAACACCAAGAAGCUCUCUGCCAGAGAUCACCAGAAAUUGGACCGAGAGGCAAGAAUCUGUCGUCUGCUCAAGCAUCCAAACAUUGUGCGACUCCAUGACAGCAUCUCAGAGGAAGGUUUCCAUUACCUCAUCUUUGACCUUGUCACCGGCGGCGAGCUCUUCGAGGACAUCGUCGCCAGAGAGUAUUACAGCGAGGCAGACGCCAGCCACUGCAUCAAUCAGAUCCUGGAGAGCGUCAGCCACAUCCACCAGCAUGACAUCGUGCACAGGGACCUUAAGCCAGAGAACCUGCUGUUGGCCAGCAAGAUGAAGGGAGCGGCGGUGAAGCUCGCAGACUUUGGCCUGGCCAUCGAGGUCCAAGGGGACCAACAGGCCUGGUUUGGCUUUGCGGGGACGCCAGGGUAUCUGUCGCCAGAGGUGCUGAGAAAGGACCCGUAUGGCAAGCCCGUGGACAUAUGGGCGUGUGGUGUGAUUCUGUACAUCCUGCUGGUGGGCUACCCUCCCUUUUGGGACGAGGACCAACACAAACUGUACCAGCAAAUCAAGGCUGGUGCUUACGACUUCCCAUCUCCAGAGUGGGACACAGUGACCCCCGAGGCCAAGAAUCUGAUCAAUCAGAUGCUAACCAUUAACCCUGCCAAAAGGAUCACAUCCGACCAGGCCCUCAAGCAUCCCUGGGUCUGCCAACGCUCCACAGUGGCUUCCAUGAUGCACCGUCAAGAGACUGUGGAAUGUCUGCGCAAGUUCAACGCUCGGAGGAAACUUAAAGGAGCCAUCCUCACGACCAUGUUGGUGUCCAGGAACUUCUCUGUGGGACGGCAGCAUACGAGCCCUGCCGCCACCACCAGCACUGCCGCCAUGGCACAGGAAGCGUGCAAAACCUUGCUCAACAAAAAGUCAGACGGCGUGAAGAAAAGGAAGUCCAGCUCGAGUGUUUGUUUGAUGGAAGCCCAGACAACUGUGGUACACAACCCAGCUGACGGCACCAAGGGCUCCACGGAGAGCUGCAACAAUGCAGAAGAGGAGGAGAUGAAAGCUCGCAAACAAGAAAUCAUCAAGAUGACCGAGCAGCUGAUCGAAGCCAUCAACAACGGCGACUUCGAGGCGUACACGAGGAUAUGUGACCCCGGCCUGACCACCUUUGAGCCAGAAGCUCUGGGCAACCUGGUGGAGGGCAUGGACUUCCACAAGUUCUACUUUGACAACCUGUUGAGUAAAAACAGCAAGCCGGUGCACACCACCAUCCUCAACCCUCACGUGCACCUGAUCGGCGAGGACGCGGCCUGCAUCGCUUACAUCCGCCUGACGCAGUACAUGGACGGCCAGGGUCGGCCGCGCUCCUGCCAGUCGGAGGAGACGCGCGUGUGGCAUCGCCGCGACGCCAAGUGGCUCAACGUGCAUUUCCACUGCUCGGGAGCCCCCGCCGCGCCCCUCCAGUGAAGGCCACGCCGCUGUGCUGAAACUGUGAGCUGUUUGGAGCGUUGACUCUCCUCCUCUUGGUGCCUGGAAGGAUGUGAGCCUGCUAAAUGGGGGGAACAACGUCACAAAGUUGGGGGCACAAACACAAUACAACGUAGAGCAAGUUUAAAAAAAACCAACAACACACAUAUAUCUAUCAAAAGCAACAAAAAAAACAAUAAUUAGCUUGACUGAAGAAGCGACCAACAGCGGCAUUGAUGGAGGUUGAGUUCCUCCAUGUUGGAUGGUGCAUGUUAGUGCCGACUACACAGGUUGGAUGCCGCCCGUCUGCUGGCUGGGAGAGUAUUCACUUGUUUCAUGUACAGACGCACACCUGAUUUAAUUGGAGGUGAGAGAGGGGGAGCUAAAUUAGCAUCGUCCUAGUCCAUUUGGACUUUUUUUUUUUUUUGUGUGUUACCAAAAGGGACCUUUUUUUUUUACACUCAUUAGUGCUUUUUAACUUUGUGUUGGAAAAGGUUUUUUUUUAAUUUAAUGUGUACAUUGAUAUUUAUAUGCCAGAUGGACGUGUGUCUGUUUGUGUGCGCGCGCCGUCCAAAGCUCCUCCCACCUGUCCACACGGACACUCCCCUUUUCCCGUCCCGUGUGCAAGCAUGACUCGUUCCCGCGUCGACUAGGCCUGUACUGUUUUUGACUCGAUGCUGUUGCCCCUCCGACCACGCCCACUCGCAUCACUUCCUGUCUCGGUAUUGAUGAUGAUGAUGUCACGCCCGUCUCUCGUGUUCCUUGCGUGUGUUUAUUGUCCACCUUGGCUUGCCGUACUUUGAACAUUGUGAUGCUUCAAGAAGCAUGUUUUUAUUUUUUUAAAUUUAAUUCCCCAAAAAAGAAGCGGCUCGAAAGACAAAAAAAACAAACGUUAGGCAUGAAUGAUAGCGAGAGAGCGCUGCAGAAGGCAAUCAACUCAACCCCCUUUUUUUGUUCUUGUAAAUGUUGUAGUUGUUAGUGUGGGUGUUUUUUAUUCUCACUAGUUCGAGUCACAACUGGAAAGAAGAGGUUUUAAAUGCUGUGACCCUUUGCUUCUACACACACACACACACACACACACACACACACACACACACAUCACUUAAGCCAGGGGCGUCCAAAGUGCGGCCCGGGAGCCAUUUGCGGCCCGCAGCUAAUUGUUUACUGGCCCGCCACACAUUCCGGAAAUGCUAUCGCAAAAAUAAAAAAAAUAAAAUAAGAAAAAAGUGGAAUUAGGUGAAAUCUAACUAGAAAAAGUUGCAAUGUUGACACAAAGCUGCCAUGCAGGCUGUUUUUUUUUGUCUUUUGUCUCUCUUUUUCUUUUUUUGCCAUUGCUCAAAAACAAAAAAAAAAAUCAAUGUUAUAAUGAAUUAUUGACCUAUUCAAGGCUCCGAUUAUUUCAAAUAUUUCACUUUAAAAUGUUUUGUGUGGAAAAUAUUGCAUAUAUUGUGUGGUUGCCAUAUGAAAACGUCAACGUUUUUUUUGACAAAAGAGCGUAGAGCAAACAAAAUAAUAGUUCAAACGUAAAAUCGACAGAUACAUCUGAAGUUGAUCACGUAACUUAAGUGUUGAAAGUAAAAAAAAAAACGAAUAAAAAUGUAUCACUUUACAAGUGGGGCACCUUUUGGAUACCAAAUAUAUUUUCUGGGAUUUUAUUGAUCUUUUAACUGUGAUUACUCAAAAAUAUUAAAAUAACUAAAAUCAAUGGUGUCCUGCAUUAUUGAUCUUUUAUGGCUCUUAUUACUAAAUACUGCAUACUUCAGUUUUAUUAUAAAAACAACAAGGUUGUCUUUGACAGAAAAGGCAUAAAACCUUUUUUUAUUAUUACUUUAUAUCAACCUGAAAUUGAUAUAGAGAGUUACUGUAAGCGUUAAAUAAAUUAAAAAAUAUAUAAUUUGAUUUAUUUUUUUACAUUUUAAUAACUGAGACCCUUUAUGGUCCCCGGGAGCCCUAAAGGUAAAAAACAAAAACAAAAAAACAUAUUUUGUAAUGUUUGAAAAUGAAAAAUAUCAAAAUGGCCCCCGCAUGCUUUCAUUUUUCCGUUUGCGGCCCUCAGUGGAAAAAGUUUGGACACCCCUGACUUAAGCACAUGCAAUGAAAUAUCGUCCCUUUAAAAGAGGAAACACAUCUGGCAACCCUCCUUCCUAAUGUAACCUAUUUUUAUGGGCGUGCCUCUUUAAGUUAAAGGCCUACUGAAAUUACAUUUUUUUAUUUAAACAGGGAUAGCAGAUCUAUUCUAUGUGUAAUACUUGAUCAUUUUGCGAUAUUGCCAUAUAUUUGCUGAAAGGAUUUAGUAUAGAACAACGACGAUAAAGAUCGCAACUUUUGGUAUCUGAUAAAAAAAAGGCUUGCCCCUACCGGAAGUAGCGUGACGUAGUCAGUUGAACAUAUCCGCAAAGUUCCCUAUUGUUUACAAUGAUGGCCACCACCAGCGAGAGCAAUUCGGACCGAGAAAGCGACAAUUUUCCCAUUAAUUUGAGCGAGGAUGAAAGAUUUGUGGAUGAGGAAAGUGCAAGUGAAGGACUAGUGGGGAGUAGAAGCUAUUCAGAUAGGGAAGAUGCUGUGAGAGCCGGGGGUGACCUGAUAUUCAGCUGGGAAUGACUACAACAGUAAAUAAACACAAGACAGCCACAACACAACCAGGCUUAUAUAUUAAUAUGCCACAAAUUAGCUCCUAGCUACUAGCUCCAGCUAGUUAUAGCUCGAGCGGGUUAUAUGGACGGUAUCUCGUCCAAAUAACCCGCCAAUACAAUUCAAACACCUGCACAACACACACACUCACUCAGCCCAAAGGACCGUUCACCUCACCCAAGGUUCAUAAAGCUUAUAUAUUUAACCAAAGUUACGUACGUGACACGCAUGUAUGGGCAAUCGAUCAAAUGUUUGGAAGCGCAGCAGCGUACUCACGGUAUCGCGUCUGCGUCUGUGUAUCCAAAUCAAAGUCCUCCUGGUAAGUCUGUGUUGUCCAAGUUCUUCGAUCUUGACUGCAUCUUUCGGGAAUGUAAACAAUGAAACACCGACUGUGUUGUGUUGCUGACUUCCCUCGCAAAAUACUCCGCUUCGCACCGACAACUUUCUUCUUUGCUUGCUCAGCUUCUUUCUCCAUAAUGCAAUGAACAAAUUGCAACAGAUUCACCAACACAGAUGUCCAGAAUACUGUGGAAUAAUGAGAUGAAAACAGAGCUAUUUCGUAUUGGCUUCAAUGGGGAAGCCAUACCUCUGUUUCACUGGCUACGUCACGCGCAUACGUCAUCCUCCAAAGGAAUUUUCAACCGGAAGUUUAGCGGGAAAUUUAAAAUGUCACUUUAUAAGUUAACCCGGCCGUAUUGGCAUGUGUUGCAAUGUUAAGAUUUCAUCAUUGAUAUAUAAACUAUCAGACUGUGUGGUCGCUAGUAGUGGCUUUCAGUAGGCCUUUAAGUUCCUGUUAUAAGCUGUUAUACAGUAUAUGCCUUGAGCUCUUAUUUUGAAGGAAAAGAAAGGAAAUAAAGUGGUCCUCGUGUAAAACACGGAGGCUCCAGUUUUACACAAGGACCACUUUUAUUUUAUUUCCUUUCCUUUCCUUAUUUUAUUUUAUUUUAUUUUUUUCCAGGUCAGCCUGAACUUUUUAUUUCAAGUGAAUAAAUACUGAAUAUUAAUCAGCCAUUACACAAAUACUAAACAUGAAUGACUCCUUUAAAUCACUAACUAGAAAAACUAUUUUAACAACACUUAACAUUUAUAGUUGAACAAAUAUUUAGUUGAAGGUGUAUUUAAUAUGUUGGAAGUCCUGCCUUCUUUCUGCUCCUCUGUAACGUCAGCAGAGAUGAUCUUACUGCUGCUCCUCACCCUGCUGCUCCUCACCCUGCUGCUCCUCACCCUGCUGCUCCUCACCCUGCUGCUCCUCACCCUGCUGCUCCUCACCCUGCUGCUCCUCACCCUGCUGCUCCUCACCCUGCUGCUCCUCACCCUGCUGCUCCUCACCCUGCUGCUCCUCACCCUGCUGCUCCUCAACCUGCUGCUCCUCACCCUGCUGCUCCUCACCCUGCUGCUCCUCACCCUGCUGCUCCUCACCCUGCUGCUCCUCACCCUGCUGCUCCUCACCCUGCUGACUCUUCUUCUUAUUUGGACGUCUUUUUUUUGGCCUCCGACAUCUCAUCACCGGGGCCCUGGCUGGUUCCUUCACCACAAUCGUCUUGCUCGUCCUCACAGGCGGCUGUCUGGGCUUUUUUCUUGAGCUCUAUGACCUCAAGUUGAAGGUUUCGGUUUUCCUCCAGGAACUUCAAUUUGUUUUUGACAAGCUCGUCUUUUAAUUGAGGAUUCUGCUCUUCUAAUUUUUUUAUGUCCUCUUGACGCGCCUUUUCAGCAUCUUGACGGGAGACGAGUCCGUCCUUUUCCUUGUCGUAUAAGUACUUUGUCAUUUUUUCCAGCUAGUGUGGAGACAAGGCGUCCAACACCUGCUGAAUGUUGUCUGGAUGUUCCAUUCUGCAAUCUGGAUACAAGGAAACGAUGAUUGCGUCUGUCUGCUGUGUGAUGUUCGUGUUCCAGCAAAUUCCAGAAAUCUUAUUUCCUUUUUUUUUCAAAACCUCCGCUCCACUUCAACGUGUCACCACUUCCGCUCUUAGCGCCUUCAAAAUAAGAGCUCAAGGCAUAUACCGUAUAACAGCUUAUAACAGGAACUUAAAGGCCUACUGAAAAUAAUUUUUUUUAUUUAAACGGGGAUAGCAGAUCCAUUCUAUGUGUCAUACUUGAUCAUUUUGCGAUAUUGCCAUAUUUUUGCUGAAAGGAUUUAGUAAAGAACAUCGACGAUAAAGUUGCAACUUUUGGUCGCUGAUAAAAAAAGCCUUGCCUGUACCGGAAGUAGCGUGACGUCAACAGUUGAAAGGCUCCUCACAUUUUCCUAUUGUUUUCAAUGCAGCUAGAGCGAUUAGGACCGAGAAAGCGAUGAUUACCCCAUUAAUUUGAGCGAGGAUGAAAGAUUUGUGGAUGAGGGACGUUAGAGUUAAGGACUGGAAUGCAGUGCAAGACAUAUCUUUUUUCGCUCUGACCGUAACUUAGGUACAAGCUGGCUCAUUGGAUUCCACAUUCUCUCCUUUUUCUAUUGUGGAUCACAGAUUUGUAUUUUAAACCACCUGGGAUACUAUAUCCUCUUGAAAAUGAGAGUCGAGAACGCGAAAUGGACAUUCACAGUGACUUUUAUCUCCACGACAAUACAUCGACGAAACACUUUAGCUACGGAGCUAACGUGAUAGCAUCGUGCUUAACUGCAUAUAGAAACAAAAUAAAUAAAUCCCUGACUGGAAGGAUAGACAGAAGAUCAACAAUACUAUUAAACCAUGGACAUGUAACUACACGGUUAAUGCUUUCCAGCCUGGCGAAGCUUAAAAAUGCUGUUGCUAACGACGCCAUUGAAGCUAACUUAGCUACGUAGCUAACGUGAUAGCAUCGUGCUUAACUGCAUAUAGAAACAAAAUAAAUAAAUCCCUGACUGGAAGGAUAGACAGAAAAUCAACAAUACUAUUAAACAAUGAACAUGUAAAUACACGGUUAAUGCUUUCCAGCUUGGCGAAGCUUAAAAAUGCUGUUGCUAACAACGCCAUUGAAGCUAACUUAGUAACGGGACCUCACAGAGCUAUGAUAAAAACAUUAGCGCUCCACCUACGCCAGCCAGCCCUCAUCUGCUCAUCAACACCCGUGCUCACCUGAGUUCCAGGAAUCGACGGAAGGACGAAGGACUUCACCACAAUCAUCCGUGCGGUCGGUGGCUAGCGUCGGCUAGCGCGUCUGCUAUCCGAGUCAAAGUCUUCCAGGUUGUGUUGCUGUAGUCCGCCGCUAAUACACCAAUCCCACCUACAACUUUCUUCUUUACAGUCUUCAUUGUUCAUUAAACAAAUUGUAAAAGAUUCACCAACACAGAUGUCCAGAAUACUGUGGAAUUAUGAGAUGAAAACAGAGCUAUUUUGUAUUGGAUUCAAUGGGGUACUGAUACUUCCGUUUCACUGGUUACGUCACGCGCAUACGUCAUCAUCCAAAGACGUUUUCAACCGGAAGUUUAGCUGGAAAUGUAAAAUGUCACUUUAUAAGUUAACCCGGCCGUAUUGGCAUGUGUUGCAAUGUUAAGAUUUCAUCAUUGAUGUAUAAACUAUCAGACUGCGUGGUCGCUAGUAGUGGCUUUCAGUAGGCCUUUAACAUCACAAAGAGGAAAGCCCAUAAAAAUAGGUUACACUAACAUCGCGACUGAAACCCGGGUUUCUGUUCUCAAUGCUUAAUUUUUUCCGUCACAAUCAUGGGGAUUUCACCAUCUUAUAAGAAUUCACGCCACAAUGCAGCUUGCAGGUUUGGUGAAAAUAGUCUAAAAGUUUAAAGUUUUUUUAUUUGUUUUUAAACGCAAAUGUGUCCAAUUAUAUCGCAAAUUUGUCUGCUUCUUCUUAAUUUGUCCUCAAGCUGGCGAGAAUUGUCGUACAGUAUUAUUCCAUAGCUGGUGGGCCACAAUAUAUAUAUAUAUUUAUAUGUUAUCUAUUUUUUAAACACUUGUUUUUGUUUAUAUUUUACCUUCUGGCAGCAAAGCCAAACCUGGGCGUCUCUCUUGCGCCCUCCGGUGGCCAAUUAUGUGCACUGCUUUGUGUCGUUCACACUGAUGGUCUUUUUUUUUUUUGGUCCAUUUGUAGUCACUGCAGCUUUGCUUAGAAGCAGACAGACAGGGUAUAUUUCCACUUGUUUUGUGUCUUAAUGUUGUACAUAGAUGUCAUGUGACCAAAUUUGGGGUGGGGGGGCUCUGAUUGCACCAACUACCUAAAACUUUACAAAUCACUCACUGUAGUUUUUGUUGUUGGUCUGUUGCAGCUUUUGCAUCAUAAUUACAGCAGAGGACAUUAGAAGGUUCAUGUUACAAGCCACAGCAAACAUAUACAAAUAUUAUACAUAUAUGAAAAAUAUAUAUAAAUAUAUGCAGUUUUACAGAUGGAUGCAAUAUGCAUGUGUACUUUCUUAGUCAUUUUUCACUGAUGGACAAAAGUUUGCAUCCUGGGUGUCACAUACAAACGAGUAGAGAAGCCUUACCUUGUUUGUGUGACUGCAUUGUAACAUUUUGGUUUACUUUAAAAAAAUACAUAAAGAGGGCGGGGCUUCAUUUGUCCAGCCCCCCUCAGUUGGAUGCUGGGUUUUUGCAUGAGCGUAGAAUUAAUCAUGAAAGUCGUACAUUGUUUGUUUGGAUGGUUGUUCUUAAUAGCUUGGUUAUUACUGGAAUAUUCAAGUGUAUUUAAUUAAAAAAAAAUUGCAUUUUAAAGUCGUUUUUGUGUCUGUUUUUUUGAUGUGUCUAAGGAAGAGGUGUCCGGACUUUUUUUUUUAAACAAAGAAUCAUUUGUAUACAUGUAUGUUUUUUUUAUUAUUAUUUUUAAAUGCAAAGCUCUGUGUUAUUAGUAUUAUUUUCUUAAAUUUUUCAUUUGAAAAAAAGUAUUUCAAAUAUUUUCGACAAUUUUUU